AUACGUAUCCACCAGCAUGGUACAACCACAUGACCAGGAAGUUGUCGAUCUGAUUUCUGAGGAUGAGCACGAUGGCUGUUUAGACAACGAAGUCGAGUUCUAUGGCGCGCAGUCGAUUGGAGAGCCAAUCGACCAUGGGGCAGACUUUGACGUCCUUGGCGAUCUCCACGGAUACACACCUUCUGAGAUUGAUGAGCAGGACGUGAUCGAUUUAACUGCGAUCCCAGAUAUCAGUGUUCGUCCGACUGAUGACAAUCCCCGUGUCUUUUAGAAUGCGUUGCUCACCGAGGACAUGGGCAAGAUUGAACUCAUCACUGAGGCGGCGUGCUUGCAGCUGGUCUUGGAUGUGUUGCCUCAUUUCUCAGCGAACCACGUUCUUGCAAUGAUCCAAGAGCGGACGACGGAUCUAACGCGGACUAAAGAGCACAGCGGAGGAAUUGUGAAUGAACUUUUAGAGGGAGACACUUACCCUAAAGAGGCGGAGACUGCAAGUAAGAAGAGAAGGCAGGCGGACAGCGAGGAUUCCAGCGAUUAUGACCAAGAAGAGCACAGAACCGGAGUGCUCAGCUAUGCUACAGACGCAAUCGCGUUACUCAAGGACGAGUUCCUCAACGUGCCGGCCAGGCAUAUCGAGAACACACUCAGACAGCACAAGGUGCUUUUCAAAUCGUACAUUGCUCUCGAAGAACAGCUUCGCACAUAUCAACGAAUCACACACGCUUUCGUGAAACCGCCAAGACCUCGCAACAAGCGCGGCAUCGAACUCGUUCUGAUCGAGCAAGGUAGCCGGCUCCCAAAGGAAUUACACGCGGCUAAAAAGAGGAUUGAACACGAAGCUGCCAGGCGACGUAAGGUCGAACAGAUGAAGCGAGCUGAAGAGCUCAACCUCCAACGAGCAAAGACGAACAACGAGAUGGGUGAUUGCCAGUGCUGCUUUACUGAAUACCCACUCAACCGUAUGAUCAGCUGCAGUAGCAGAGACAUACACUUCUUCUGCAGGGGUUGUCUGAAGCAAUACGUUGAGACGGAAAUCGGACAGUCAAAAUGUCGCCCUGUCUGCUUCGCAAGUUUGGAGUGCAAAGGUACCUUCUCUCGUGCCCAGCUACAGCAGAUACUUGACCAAAAGACUUUCGAUCGAUUGGAGCACCUGCAGCAGCAGGAAGACCUCGCAGCAGCUGGGCUCGACUUCCUGUCAGAAUGUCCAUUCUGCGACUUUAAAGCAGAAUGCCCGCCGAUUGAAGUCGACAGAGAGUUCCGUUGCCAAAACACGAAGUGCGGCAAGACAAGUUGUCGGCUUUGUGAUAAAGAAACGCAUAUCCCUCUCAGCUGCGAAGAAGCUAAGAAGGGCGACCAAAUCACACUACGACAUAUUGUUGAGGAGGCAAUGUCUGCCGCCCUCAUCAGGAAGUGUAACAAGUGUCAACAGCCAUUCAUCAAGGACUAUGGUUGCAACAAGAUGAGCUGCUCGCAUUGUGGUAACAAGCAAUGUUACAUUUGUUCAAUGAACGUCAUUAAUUACGAGCAUUUCGGGAAUCCCAACAAAGGGCGAUGCAAUCUUCACGACAAUGUUGAGGAUGUCCAUGAGCAAGCUGUCAAGCGAGCGGCCGACGAAGCUAUGGCGAAAGUCAGGGUUGAGAACCCCGAGCUGUCAGAGGCGGACCUUAUGGUCCAGGUCUCUGAUCGUGUCAAGAAGGCUGAGGCAGCGCGGAAAGGACGAGCUGCCGAACGGUUGAACGAAUUUCCUUAUGAGAUGCUGGGCGACCAGCUGGCCCAUCGACCAGGCUAUCCAAUAAUACCACCACCGCGAGGGAUUGUCGCAGAAGAACCACGUGCGCUCGGUAGACCCGGUGCUGCUGUCGGAGCAGCAUACAACGGACUCGCCGCUGCAGUUGGGCUGCCCGCUGAUCCUGCUGCCAAUGAGCCUCUUAGAGCAGCGCAACUAGCACAGCUUAGGGCUCAGGCUUUGUUUGUCGCUCAACAGAAUGAUACGAUGCGCAUGCACCAGCAAUUUCAAGAUUAUCUCAAUCCACUAGCACCUAUAGACCAAGGCUUUCAGGCGGCGCAAAUUCGGUUCCAGCAACAACUUCGACGCGCGAACAUGCGAGCUCACAACGCAUACAGGGGUCUCAAUGCCCAAACUGUUCAGGCAGAGAUGGAUAUAUUGGACGCUCAUCGGGAGACCAGGCGUCGCCGUUUGCAGGAUGUUCAGCAGCGGUUCGGAGAGCUUGAGAGGCUCGGGAGACCUCUCUUGGGUCCACAGCAACUUGGGCAACCCGCCCUAUCUGCCAAUAAUUCGGUACCUGGCGAUUGGCCGGCAUUUGGACUUGGUGGACAGCUAGCUAACGCCGGGCAUGCUGAAGCUGGUGUUGGCUUGCGUGGUAUGGCUUUCGACGGGCUGGAUGCGAAUCGUGCAAUUAGGAAUUGGGAGAUGCAUAACCGGUUGGACGAGCAGCCGAGGAAUGUGCCGAGGCAGUAAUUUUCUUUUGUGAAUGUGGCAUUAUCAGCAUGGCAUGACUGAUUCAGUUAUAUGGGUGGUCUUU